AUGAACCCGCAUAUUUCUGUUCCCCGCCAACAUGCUGGUCCCUCUAACUUUGGCUCCACGCCCCACCGUGGCUCAAGUGUCCGCAUGCCACGCUUCUUCAAGAGACUAUUCAAGUUCCCUCAGAUGGACUUUGAGAUGGCAAUCUGGGAGAUGACAUCUUUGUUGAUUGCCCCUAAAAAGGUCUUCAAGUCCAUAUACUACCAUAAACAAACCAAAAACACCUGGCAUCGCCCGGAUCCAUCCUUCACAUAUCUCCUAUCCUUCUUCCUUCUCCUUACAGCUCUCGCCUGGGGCCUGGCAUAUACCCAUUCAUUCGGCGCCAUUGUGAAGCUCUCUAUUCUAUUCAUCUUUGUGCACUUUAUCGGCUCCUCUCUUCUGAUCUCAACCAUUGGCUACUUCGUUAUUGGCCGCUUGUUCGGUCCCAACGGUGCAGCUGCAUCGCUUGCCAGCCUUCGUGGAUCGCGUGGCCGUCGACGAGGUGCCGCACAGGGUCUAUUUGCACAGCCUGGGGAGAAGGAUCAAUUGGAAUAUGGAUACUGCUUUGAUGUAUCCAACCGUGCCUUUUUCCCUCUAUACCUCCACCUCUAUGUGGUCCAAUUCCUACUCCUUCCACUCCUGACUCGAAGCCCAAGCAACUUCCUGGCUACCUUCCUUGGAAACACCCUCUACCUAUCUGCCUUCAUUUACUACACCUACAUCACUUUCCUUGGAUACAAUGCCUUGCCAUUCUUGCACAACACUGAGCUCUUACUCAUCCCGAUCCUGAUCUUUGCGAUUUUGUGGUUCAUCAGCCUGGUUGCUGGUUGGGGCGUUGUCAUGCAAGGCCGAAGUGUUGAGGGCCUGUUUUGGGGUGUUUAA